CUACUUACUCUCUCUCUCUCUCUCCCUCUCUCUCUCUAGAUAUGACUUCCAACUUCUAACUGCUCUCUCUCUCUCAUUUCACCAUGUUCGUCAUCUGUAAUGGCUUAUGAGAUCAACUGCUUCUCUGUGCAUCGUCUUCUCCAAUUAGGCACUCCCUCAUGGCUCCUAGCAAGCUCAAUUCCACUGAUUCCUGUGGAAAUGGAAAUGUGAGUUUUUGCUGCUCACAGCCAGAUAAUGGAUUUAACGAUCCACUUUCUCUCUUCCAUUCUGAGAAGGCGGUGCAGGAGCUUCUUCAACAGACUCCAGUCCAGGGAACUGAUGACCAACACGUAGAGUUCUCAGAGGCACUAAGAACUGUUGCAAAGGCAUUAAGACGAGCUGCUGAAGGAAAAGCUUCUGCUCAAGCUGAGGCUGCUGAAUGGAAGCGAAGAUAUGAACUGGAGAGGGAACGAAAUCAGCGACUGCAGCUUAAAGGCAGCAGUAUAUGUGAAAUGCUUCGAAAUUGGUGGACUCGGACUUCUCUAUGUAAUGCAAAUGCACUGAUAAGAAUAAUGCUUCCAUGCCUUGUUUGCUGGGAAGUUUGGGAAGAACGGAAUAUGAGAGUCUUUGAAGAACAUUCACCUGAGGAGCAUAAUGAUGAUUUUAAUGAAGAGAGGACAAAGAACUCAACCAACCAAUCUAUGCUGAGUAAUCACACAAACAAGCAAUCUGAAAAUUGUUGUAUCAAUGAGAUUUGCUCUCAUGAAAUUCUUCAAGAUGGAGAGACUGACUCUGAUUCCAAGAUGAUCCAGAAUAGGAUGAUGAGAAAGGCAUCUUUUAAACUUUCAUGGUGUUGUAAAAGUGAAAAUAGUGAUCAGCACAAACAUGAUGUUGUCUCUUUUGAAAGAGGAAACAUAACAACUGCAGAGCGCAGCAGUAAACAGAUUUCUUUGAAGUGGGAAUCUAACCCACAGACGGUGCUCAUCAUGACCAAACCAAAUUCAACUUCUGUUCGAAUUCUGUGUGCAGAUAUGGUCAGAUGGUUGAAAGAGCAUAAAAGGUUAAACAUUUAUGUGGAACCACGUGUGAGGGGUGAACUUCUAACAGAAUCAUCAUACUUCAACUUUGUGCAAACAUGGAAAGAUGAUAAGGAAAUUUCGCUACUGCACACUGAAGUUGACGUUGUGGUAACUCUUGGUGGAGAUGGUACUGUUCUUUGGGCAGCAUCAAUGUUCAAAGGACCGGUUCCUCCCAUUGUUCCAUUUUCCUUAGGUUCCCUUGGCUUUAUGACACCAUUUUAUAGUCAACAUUACAGAGAUUCCCUUGAUUCAAUUCUUAGGGGUCCAAUUAGUAUAACAUUGCGACACCGGUUGCAAUGCCAUGUUAUUAGAGAUGCAGCAACAAACGAGAUUGAAACUGAGGAGCCUAUACUCGUUCUAAAUGAGGUUACUAUUGACCGUGGAAUAUCAUCUUUCCUCACAAAUUUGGAAUGUUAUUGUGACAACUCCUUUGUCACAUGUGUGCAAGGUGAUGGUUUAAUUUUAUCAACAACAUCUGGUAGCACUGCAUAUUCAUUGGCAGCUGGAGGAUCGAUGGUCCAUCCGCAGGUUCCUGGCAUCCUAUUUACACCAAUUUGUCCACAUUCCUUAUCCUUUCGGCCUCUGAUAUUACCUGAACAUGUAACGAUACGAGUGCAAGUUCCUUUCAACAGCAGAAGCCCUGCUUGGGCAUCAUUUGAUGGCAAGGACAGGAAACAGUUGACACCUGGUGAUGUACUUGUGUGCAGCAUGGCACCUUGGCCUGUGCCUACAGCAUGCCAAGUUGAUUCUACCAAUGACUUCUUGCACAGCAUCCAUGAGGGCCUACACUGGAAUCUGAGGAAGACCCAAUCUUUUGAUGGCCCUCUUGACCAAUAAUGUUAAGCUUAUCUUAUCUCUGAUGAAAGCAAGCAAAUCUAGCUGUUGUUUGAGAUUUACCUUUUUAAGCAUCCUAGAAGGAGGGGAAAUAUAUGUAGUUCCAAUUUCCAAAAGCAAACUUACCAAUUAUUAUCUGCAGAUUGUCAUGAAAAUCAGAGGAUAUGGAAAAGGAAGUGUAUGUUGUAAGACCAAAUUGCCUCUGAAAUGUGUAGAACUUGGCGUGGCUGUUAAACGAAUAGAUACAAGAGAAGGAACUUGUUGACUGUUUAGGUUA